UAUACCAUUCAACACCCCGGGUCCACCCUCCAGACGCUGGGCUGCAGGUCAAGCGAGCCACCACUGCUCUUCCAAGUGUCACUUUGACAGGUUUCCUCUGCAGAAGAUCUUUCUUUUUAUUAACCCAUCCUUUUCAUCCAAAUGGCACCAAAGAAAGACGUCAAGAAGCCCGCUGCUGCUGCUGCCCCUGCUCCAGCCCCGGCCCCGGCCCCGGCCCCCGCUCCAGCCAAGAAAGAAGAAAAAAUCGAUCUGUCUGCUAUUAAGAUCGAGUUCUCUAAGGAACAGCAGGAAGAAUUCAAGGAGGCGUUUCUCCUGUUCGACAGAACAGGAGAAUGCAAGAUCACUCUGAGUCAGGUGGGCGACGUCCUCCGGGCUCUGGGCACAAAUCCCACCAAUGCCGAGGUCAAGAAGGUUCUCGGGAACCCUAGCAAUGAAGAGAUGAAUGCUAAGAAGAUAGAGUUUGAACAGUUUCUGCCCAUGAUGCAAGCAAUCUCCAACAACAAGGACCAGGGAGGCUAUGAGGAUUUCGUUGAGGGUCUGCGGGUCUUUGACAAGGAGGGCAAUGGCACCGUUAUGGGUGCUGAACUCCGCCACGUCCUUGCCACCCUGGGUGAAAAGAUGAAGGAGGAAGAGGUAGAAACACUGCUGGCUGGCCAGGAGGACUCCAAUGGCUGCAUCAACUAUGAAGCUUUUGUCAAACACAUCAUGUCUGUCUAAAUGGAGUUUUCAAGAACACAGAGUUUGGAAAGACUGGCCAGAACAUCAGAUCAAGAACACCUAUGGCUAACGCUCCACACCUGCUUACCACCACCCAGAGGAUCAAUCUAGACGGUUCUAGAUUGAAGGAGUCCCUGAAUUCUUAAAAAGCCUUGAGUUUUUCAGGACACGGAAAUCAGGCUGUAGAACAGAAAUCUACUGUUCUAGGGAGACAUCUACAGUAUUAGUAAUCUCAAGUCCAAACACUAACUUUAUCAUCUACUUGGGUCCACAAUAUUCUUAAGAUACUACAUCAAUAAACUUGGUCAGUCUGGAAUA